AUGAUAGUGGAAUCUGUUAUAACUACGCCAAAUAUCAUUUAUCCAUUUGCAAUCACACCAUUUUAUCCAGGAUCAGACAACCAAAGUUUAUAUUUUAAAUUAAGUUCAAUUUUUGAUUCACCAACAAUUUUAAGUGGUUAUGCAGUUAUUUAUAAUAGUUUAGAUCAAAUAAUAACAAAUGGUACUUAUAAUUUAAUUUUAGAUGAAGAUGUCCCAACAAUUGGACCAUCCACAACUGAUGCAACUUUGGUAGAUUUUAAUGAAUUUCAACAACAACAACAAAAAUUAUCAAUAGAUAGUCAACCAAGAAAUAAAAGAACAUGGUUAAAAGCUAAACAAAUUGCAAAUUACACAUUUAUAAUGCCAUAUAGUUUAUCAUCAUUUAUGGAUGAAACUACUAAAUCAUUUUAUGAUUAUUAUUAUUUACAUUUAGAGUAUAUAGAUCCACAAAGAGGAAAUCAAGUCAUUGCAGAAUUUAAAACAGUACCAUUUUCAUUCAAUGCACCAUCAUAUAAUGUAAUCAAAGAAAAUUCAAUUAUUUUAACCAAUGCAACAAAUAAUAAUAUUUUAGGAUUUGGUUUGGAUUAUAAUAAACAUUUAUCAAUUGUUACCGUUAAUAAUGCUGAAUCAGGUUCAUAUGGAAUGUUUUAUUCUAAAGAUAUUUAUAAUGAUGGUAGCAGUAGUACAGAUUCAACAUUUAGUAAUUUACAAUUUAUUAAAAGUUUAAAUGGAUUGGAUUAUUAUUAUUAUUAUAAUAAAUUUAAUGAUUCACAAUUGACUGAAACCACUGAAAUCAUUAUAGAUGAAAUGACAGGUCAACAAAGACAAGUUAGUACAACUUUUACAAGUAAUCAUUUACCAAAAUCAAUUAGCUCUCAACUUGUUUUAGUUAAUGGUUGGUCAUUUUGUUAUGGUAUAUUUGUUUCAAAUGAAAAGAUUGAAUCAAUGCAACUUGAUGGAUGGAAUAUUGUUCCAAUAUCAAUUAAAUCAAACUCUUCAAAUUAUUGGACAUCUAUUGCUAGAUUAACAUUAUCACCUUCAGAUACAAAGAUUAGAAUAGAUAUUCCAAAGCCAAUAGGAUCGCAAUGGAGUACAGAGUUACAUUAUACUCAACCUCCUCCAUUAAUACCAACUUUUACAAAGAAAGUCACAUUAUUAUCAAAUCAAUUCUAUAAGAUUCCACAAUAUUUUGGUGGUAAAUAUAGAUAUGAAAAUAAACAAAUCCAAAUUUUAGUUGAAUUAAAUUUCACUGAUACCACUCAAAUUUUAAAUAGUAUUGAUUAUAAAUUAAAUGAUGUUAUUUUCCUUAGUGAUAGAGAACUUUUUAGUAAAAAUUAUUAUUGUAAAAUUAUAUCACUUCCAGAUUAUUUAAUAACAAGUUCAACAGUUGCCUUUGCUAUUUUCGGUAAUUAUGAAAGUGUUGGUAGAGUUUUAUUAUAUUCAAAUAGUUCAGUUACAAUUGAUAUCAUUUCACCACAAUCAGAUUUAAUAUCAACAGUAAAAAAUUCUAUUGAAAUUGGAAAAGGUAAUGAAUACUUUACAUUUGUUAAAGGUAGUUUUUCAAUGACUCAAACUUUUUAUGAAAUUUCAGAAGUCACCAUUUCAUUAACACCAGUUGGAAAAUUAACAACAAAUUCAAAACCAUCACCAAACUCAAGAGAAUUUUUAAAUAUUUCAUCAUCAUUCCCACAUGGUUUCAUAGGUUCUGGUAAUAAUCUUCAAUGGACUCCAUAUAUACCAAUCGCGAGUGAUACACCAUCAAUGAUCUAUAGUUUAGUUGGUCCAACAACAAAUCCAUCCAUUACAUUGACGGGCAAUCCAUUUAUAAAAAAAGAUUUAAUAAAUCCAAGUUUAACUGUUAAAUUUAAUUGGGCAUUAGAAUCGAAUCAAGAAGAUGAAUUUUUAAUUUCAAUUUGGGAUACAGUUGGAGUUGGUCAAUCAACUUGUAAAUUUAGUUUUGCAACAAAUUCAUUUACAUUAUCACCAAGUUCAAUUCAUUUGAAAUCAAUUAAUCAUACCUAUAUCUCACAAUCAUUAGAAUUUUCCAUUAAAUUAAAAUUUAAUCGUUACUUUUGUUCAAUUGUUUCACCAGUUAUUGAUUGUUCAGAUAUUAAAGGUAAUAGAUUAUUUGAAAAUGAUUUCUCUGCAACCGAGCUACGUCAAUUAUUUUUUGAAAAUAUUGAUCAAUGUACUGGUACUACAAGUAUUCCAACUGCUCAUUUAUUUACAAACUUUGUAACUUUUAAUUCAGCAACAAACGUUACAUUCUCAUCAUUAUUUGGAAAUGUUUUUGAUCAAGAUUAUAAUGUUGUGGUUCAAAUAUUUGGUGAUUAUGAAAAUAAAGGACCAAUUGAAAAUAGUAUACCAUUAACAAUGACCUAUCUACCUGAAACAAAUUCAGCAUUAUUUAAAGGAAAUUUUAAUUUUUCAAUCGAUUCAACAACUUUAAGUAAAAAGAAAUUUAUUUCAAUUAAUGUUUCAAAGAAAUCAAAUCCAACAUCAACUUUUACACUUUCAACUAAAGAAUUAGAAUUUAUUAAUAAAUUAACCCAAAAGUUUCAAACAACCACAACAGUCGUUGACUCACAAUUUAUAAUUAGAAAUAAAGAUUAUCAAGGACCGGAGUUAAUUUUAAGAUUUUUGAGAUUGGGCGAUUUUGAUAAUAGUCAACCAACAAAAUUCAAUAUUAAAUCUUCUCAAUUCCCCGAUAUUAAGAAUUUAACUUUAACAAUUAAAGAUACUUUCAAUAGUUAUACUCAAUCAUUGGUAUAUUUAAAAGAUGAUCCAACUUCUUAUUUUAAUUUAAGUGGUACAUUGUUAACUUUAAAUGCAAAAUAUAAUUAUUUGAAUCCAAAUGCAUUUAUAGAAUCAUUUUGUGAUAUUUUCGAUAAUUGUUAUGAAUUAAGUCCAACAGCAUUCCAAACUAGUCAACAAUAUAUCAAUAUUAUACCACCACCAAUUGUUAAACCAGUUUUAAUUGGUACACCAACAUUUUCUAGAAAUUUUAUUGAUGUUAGUAGCUCAAAUCGUAAAUUAAAAAUAUCAAUUGAUUUGAAAUAUUCAAACAAUGAAAUUUUUACACCAUCCUAUGGUCAAGAUCCAAUUUUCUAUAUUUCAGAAAAACAAACCAACGAGAAAAUUCAGUGUUCACUAAAACAAAUUUCAAAUCUAUCAUCAUUAUAUACAUGUGAUAUGGAAAUUCCAUUAUAUUGGGGUUUAAGAAUGGUUGGUCAAUGUUCUGUUUGGAAUAUGGUAGAUUCAAAUGGAGUUAUAAAUGGUGGGGUCAUUCAAAAUUGUCCAAUCUUUUUCUUUUAUCAAGAUUUUUAUAAUCCAAAUAUUUGGCAAAUUUCAGUGAUGAUGAAUGAUACAGUUUUGUAUGUUACUGGUACAAACCUCGAUUUAUUACCUUCAAAAAUUUUAGAUUAUCAAUCAUUAUUGGUUUCAACUUCAAAUUUAACAAUGAUUAAUGGUACAUUGGGUUUCUAUACAUUAAAGGCACCUGCAACCAAUCCAUUUAGCAUCUCUGUUGAUUAUGGUUUUAAUGGAAUUAAAAAUAUUAGUGUUUUCAUUCAAACUUGUAUGAAAUCAGAUUGUAGUGGUAAUGGUGUUUGUAAUGUAGCUUUAUCAACCUGUACCUGCGAAAAUGGAUGGGGAGGUUCGGAUUGUUCAAUCGAUAUGACAUUUAAAUGUAUUAAUAAUUGUAGUGGAAAAGGAGUUUGUUCUAAUGAUAUGACUUGUAAUUGUAAUAAGGAUUACACUGGUGUAUCUUGUAAUCAAUAUUCACCCGAUCUUGGUUUAUCAAUGACAAUGAAUACAAGUAAAAACCAGCCAUCCAUUGACUUGGGUUCCUUCUCAACAAAUAGUAGUUCAACUUUAAAUGACUAUACCAAAUCAUCUGGUUAUUCAAUUCUAAUACCAUACAUUCAAGAAAUCGAUUUCAAUGGUAAAUUGGUUAAAAAUUAUACAUUUACAACAGAUUCAUGGUCUUUACUUUCCGAUGAAAAUAAUAUUCUUAUCUAUAACACUACAUUAACUGAAUACUCAAAGGUUUUGGUAGAACUAGAAACUAUUACCGUUGCAACAACAAGAGAGUGGGCAGGUCAAUUAUUAAAUUUACCUGAUCACUCAAUUAAAUAUUCAGUAAGAAUUGAAAAUUAUACAUUUGUUUCAAAUUUAAAUAAUUUACAAUUGAUUUAUCAAGCAUCACCAAAUUCGAAAUUAUCAACAGAAUGUGAAAUUAAACAAUCAAUUGCAUGGGGCGCAAAGAAAUCAACAGAUAUGCAUUGGGUAACAUUACCAAAUAAUCAAGUAUCAUUGUAUGGUAAAUUCUCAAAUUAUCUAAUCGCUGAUGGUAGAGUUGUUUCAACUUCAAAUGAAGGUUUAGAGUUUGGUACAACAAUUCAAGUUAAAGUUAAUAUACCUUUUUUUAAAGAAUAUAUAGAAUUAGAUCCAGAUUUCUCAGUUUUGGUAGAUCCAAAUUUCAAUGAAGAUGAAUAUGAUGAAUGUGGUAUUAAAAUUGAAAACUCUUCCAACAACUUCAAUGAUAAAAGAAAAUGGAUUUUACCAGUUGCCGUAGUUGUUUCAGUUGUUGGUGCUGCUAUCGUUGUAACUGUAUUAAUGUCUGUACUUUACACAAAAAACAUAAGUGUUAGAACUAAAAUGUUAUCUUUUAAAUCUAAAUUUAAAAAAAAUAAUAAUAUUUCAAUGAAAACUAUGAAUAAUUAA